ACACUGAUUUAUGACUAUUUCAUGAAAACAAGUCUGUUAAUUUUAAAUUUAAUACCAACACGUUUUAAAAAAAGCUGGGACAGGGGUAACAAAAUGCUGGAAAAGUUUGCCCUUCUUUUUGGAAAUCAUGAACUCCUCUGGGCUACGCAGCUAGUCUUCUGAUCUGAAGAACGGGUACUAGAUCUGAAGAACGGGUUUGGAGAUAACGCACCUUAGGGCCAGUGAUGCUCUACCUGCUGCAGUCUGGGCUAUAAAAUAGCUGAAGACUGAAUCACACCCUACAGAUCCAGAGGAAACUCAGGAGGGAACAAGAAUCACAUUCUGCACAACCACACGUGAGCAUGCAGGAGCCGGUGUGUCUGAUCAGUAAUGAGGAGGACGGAGGCCUGAGUGUCCAGCAGGAGGCGCUAGAGGUCCUGCAGCAGAUCCAGCAGCCGGUGGUGGUGGUGGCCAUCGUGGGGCUCUACCGCACGGGCAAAUCCUACCCGAUGAACCGGCUCGCUGGGAAACACGCAGGGUUUGCGCUAGGAAACACCACCGAGUCCAAAACCAAAGGAAUCUGGAUGUGCAGGGCCUUCAGCACCUUCACUGCUAUUGGACUUGCCAUCAGCCUUCACUGCUAUUGGACUUGCCAUCAGCACCUUCACUGCUAUUGGACUUGCCAUCAGCACCUUCACUGCUAUUGGACUUGCCAUCAGCAAGCCUUCACUGCUAUUGGACUUGCCAUCAGCAAGGCCUUCACUGCUAUUGGACUUGCCUUCAGCAAGGCCUUCACUGCUAUUGGACUUGCCUUCAGCAAGGCCUUCACUGCUAUUGGACUUGCCAUCAGCAAGGCCUUCACUGCUAUUGGACUUGCCUUCAGCAAGGCCUUCACUGCUAUUGGACUUGCCAUCAGCAAGGCCUUCACUGCUAUUGGACUUGCUGUCUGCUUGUGUGAGCAGUCCGCCUCCCGCAAUCAACUCGCCCCAACAGUGUCAGUGGAGAAUCUACAGCGACCAACAACGCAGCGAGAAUCUGUCUCUCACAUCUUGGACAACUUCGAUGGAGCUGCUGAGAAUGUCACAUCACCAUGUCAGACUGCGCCUGAAUCACGCAAGACCUUCAUCCGGAAGCUUCACGCCUCAUCACCUGGACUUUUUGUUUAUAACGAGUCUUGGCUCAUAGGAAAUGACGCCAUUCCACUUGGUGAACUCUGUCCUCCUCACUGCAGCUUCAUGAAUUCCCCUAGGGCUACUGGUCGUGGAGGUGGCCAAACACUGGUUCUGUUGGACACAGAGGGAUUGGGAGACGUCAAGAAGGGAGACCCAAAGCACGACACCAAGAUCUUUGCUCUUGCCAUUCUGCUGAGCAGCACUCUAGUCUACAACAGCCGAGGCACCAUUGACAACCGAGCCAUUGAGGAGCUGCAGUAUCCUUCUGUCUCACCAUAUAUACUAUACUACUAUACUAUACUAGAGGAGCUGCAGUAUUCUUCUGUCUCACCCUAUAUACUAUACUAUACUACUAUACUAGAGGAACUGCAGUAUCCUUCUAUCUCACCAUAUAUACUAUACUAUAUUCUGGGUCAUCUAGUGCAGCUGUACGUGGACACCAUCUCCAACGGUGGGAUGCCCUAUCUGGAGAACGCUGUGGUGGCCAUAUCGCAGAUAGAGAACAAGGCAGCGGUGGAGGACGGGGUUGGCGUGUACCGGAGCGGCAUGGAGCAGCUGAAACAGUCCUUCCCUGUAGAGCUGACGCUCAUCACCUCUGAACACCAGCGUCUCCACACAGAGGCCGUUCAGACGUUCAUGAAGCGACGCUUUAAGGAUGAUCAGGGAGAGCACCUGGAAUCUUUAGAGUUUAGAGCUCUUAUCUUGGAGCAGAAGGUGAAGGCUGACGAGGAGGAGAAGCACAGGCUGGAAGCAAAGAUGAAGGCAGACAGGGAGAGUUUUGAGGAGAAUAUAAAACAGAUAGCCGAGAAUAAGGAGAAAGAGAUGAGCCGUAGCCAAGAGGAGUUUGAGAGGGCACUGAAGAGUAAGCUGCGGGAGCAGAGAGAGAUGCUGGACACGGGUCAUGCUGCGCAGGCCGAGAUGCUGAAGCUAGAGAUCGAGGAAAGCCGGAGGAAGCACGAGGAGAGCCAGGCUCUGCAGGCCAGGCAGCACGAGCUGAUGUUGGAGAACUUAAGGAAGGAGCGCCAGACGCAGGAGCAGAAACACGACCAGGCUAUGACUCAGAUGAAUCUGCAACACGAGCAGACCCUCACUGAGAUGAGAAACCAACAUGAACAAGUCAUGGCAACGAUUCAGGCUGAGAAAGAAAGUCAGGAGACGAUGCAGGCGAUUCGGGAGAACAACCUGGCGAUGAAGACUCAUAAACUAAUGCAGGAGUUAGAGGAGACCAAGAAGUCGGGCGCGGAAAGCCAGGCGGUGCAGGCCCGAGCCAUCGAGGAGAAGAUGGAGAGGCUGAGGCUGGAGAAGCAGGAGAUGCAGCAGCAGCACGAGCAGGCCAUGGCCACGCUGAGACAGCAGUGUGAGCAGAUGAGAAACGUCACGGUGAAAAUGCCAAAACAAAAAGAGUCAUGUACUGUCCAGUGAAAAAACGACCUGUCAUGACCAGCAAGUUGAGAAUUAGAACUACAGCACUAUGGGGGAUAAUGGCUGCCGAGGUGUCCCCAUAUAUGGAAUUAAUGGACUAGGGGGAGGCCAAGAACUCCACGAGUUCCUCCACCAUGUCGGGACACCUCUGCCAUUUUAGGACACCUUGAAUGCCAUUAUCCUGCUUAUUCCCCGGCUACAACUCAUGUAGCGCUGCUGUCGGGUGGAAACCUUGUAUCUCCAAAUCCAAUCAUUUCCAGAAAAUAGAAUACACCUUUUUUUUUUAAAUAAUCCAACAUUAUGCUAUCAAAUUAAAAAAAAAAAACUAAUUUGGAGAUACAAGGUUUCCACCCGACAGCAGCGGUAUAUAAACAAUAGUCAUGCAUUUACAGCACACAAAGGAAACAUGCAACUCCACAACUUUGGAACAAUAAUAGGCCAAUAUCUAACACCCUUUCAUGUCAAAAUUACUUGAAAGGGCUGUUGCUGACCAACUUACUACCUAUCUAUCUCACAAUAGUAUCUUAGAGAAAUGUCAAUCUGUCACUCCACUGAAACCGUCUUGACCAGAGUUACAAAUGAUCUUCUUACUGCUGAUUCUGAUCAACCAUUAUUGUUAUUGUUUCUUGACUUUAGUGCAGCCUUUAGACACUAUUGCCCAUACUGUACUACUUAGCUAUUUAGAGAAGCAUAUUGGGGUGCAGGGGACACCAGGGGCCUAUUGCACAAAACUAGGAUAAGGGAUUAAGCCGGGAUAUCUUGGUUAUCCUGGCUCAAUUUAUCUGUGAUCCAGUUGCACAAAAGCGGGAUAGGGGGCAGCAGGAUGUCCAGGGGACAGUGCUUAGCUAUAUUGGGGUGCAGGGGUUAGGGUGCUUUCUUGGUUUCACUCUUAUUUAUCAAAUAGAACUCAACCUGUAUAAUAACAUAAUCUCUGCAUUUUCUGAAAUAUACUUUGGUACCCCAGGGAUCAGUACUUGGCCCUAUGUUUUUUUCUUUAUUUAUUAUUAUUUUAUUUUGUACUUGUUGAGUAUGUUUUGUCUUAUUUUUUUUUUCAAAUUUGUAAAGGGUAUUGAAAUCGUGUUGCAUGGUGAUACUGCACUAUAAACAAUACAUGGAUUGGUUGAUUGAUUGAUUGAUUUGAUUGAUUUAUAUGGAACAGUGAUCAAACUUUUUUUACCAGACCUACUUCAUAGAUGUCCCAAUAUACAGAAUAUCCACCUAGUCAGCCAGAAGUGAAACACAAUCAGACAGUUUUGUCUCCGGGGAUAAAGUGAGAUAUGAAAUGAUACAAUCAGACAGUUUUGUGUCUGGAUAUAAAGUGAGAUAUGAAACGGUACAAUUCACGCAGAGAUUCACACAAACCACAUUUGAAAACGUGUGAAGUUGCAAGAAGUGAUGGUGGGUGAAAGAGGGCAAGAACUUGGUGUCAUCAUGUCACACACAUGGUAAUAAGCACUCACAGCUCAAGAACUUGGUGUCAUCAUGUCACACAUGGUAAUAAGCACUCACAGCUCAAGAACUUGGUGUCAUCAUGUCACACACAUGGUAAUAAGCACUCACAGCUCAAGAACUUGGUGUCACCAUGUCACACACAUGGUAAUAAGCACUCACAGCUCAAGAACUUGGUGUCACCAUGUCACACACAUGGUAAUAAGCACUCACAGCUCAAGAACUUGGUGUCACCAUGUCACACACAUGGUAAUAAGCACUCACAGCUCAAGAACUUGGUGUCACCAUGUCACACACAUGGUAAUAAGCACUCACAGCUCAAGAACUUGGUGUCACAUAAGCACUCACAGCUCAAGAACUUGGUGUCAUAAUGUCACACACAUGGUAAUAAGCACUCACAGCUCAAGAACUUGGUGUCAUCAUGUCUCACAUGGUAAUAAGCACUCACAGCUCAAGAACUUGGUGUCACCAUGUCACACACGUGGUAAUAAGCACUCACAGCUCAAGAACUUGGUGUCACCAUGUCACACACGUGGUAAUAAGCACUCACAGCUCAAGAACUUGGUGUCACCAUGUCACACACGUGGUAAUAAGCACUCACAGCUCAAGAACUUGGUGUCACCAUGUCACACACAUGGUAAUAAGCACUCACAGCUCAAGAACUUGGUGUCACAUAAGCACUCACAGCUCAAGAACUUGGUGUCAUCAUGUCACACACAUGGUAAUAAGCACUCACAGCUCAAGAACUUGGUGUCAUCAUGUCACACAUGGUAAUAAGCACUCACAGCUCAAGAACUUGGUGUCACCAUGUCACACACAUGGUAAUAAGCACUCACAGCUCAAGAACUUGGUGUCACCAUGUCACACACGUGGUAAUAAGCACUCACAGCUCAAGAACUUGGUGUCAUCAUGUCACACACAUGGUAAUAAGCACUCACAGCUGAAGAACUUGGUGUCAUCAUGUCACACACAUGGUAAUAAGCACUCACAGCUCAAGAACUUGGUGUCAUCAUGUCACACACAUGGUAAUAAGCACUCACAGCUCAAGAACUUGGUGUCAUCAUGUCACACACAUGGUAAAUGGUAAUAAGCACUCACAGCUCAAGAACUUGGUGUCACCAUGUCACACAUGGUAAUAAGCACUCACAGCUCAAGAACUUGGUGUCAUCAUGUCACACUCUUGGUAAUAAGCACUCACAGCCAUGUCUCACAUGGUAAUAAGCACUCACAGCUCAAGAACUUGGUGUCAUCAUGUCUCACAUGGUAAUAAGCACUCACAGCUCAAGAACUUGGUGUCAUCAUGUCACACACGUGGUAAUAAGCACUCACAGCUCAAGAACUUGGUGUCAUCAUGUCACACACAUGGUAAUAAGCACUCACAGCUCAAGAACUUGGUGUCACCAUGUCACACAUGGUAAUAAGCACUCACAGCUCAAGAACUUGGUGUCAUCAUGUCACACACAUGGUAAUAAGCACUCACAGCUCAAGAACUUGGUGUCACCAUGUCACACAUGGUAAUAAGCACUCACAGCUCAAGAACUUGGUGUCAUCAUGUCACACACAUGGUAAUAAGCACUCACAGCUCAAGAACUUGGUGUCACCAUGUCACACACAUGGUAAUAAGCACUCACAGCUCAAGAACUUGGUGUCACAUAAGCACUCACAGCUCAAGAACUUGGUGUCAUCAUGUCACACACAUGGUAAUAAGCACUCACAGCUCAAGAACUUGGUGUCACCAUGUCACACACAUGGUAAUAAGCACUCACAGCUCAAG